AUGACGCUCAUUCGCGUCCCCGCCGGCUCCGGGGCCCCCGGAGACCUUCGUGCCAUCCGAUUACUGAUAAUUCCCGUGUUCAAUAUGCACGACCCAUCGCACCAGCCACGUCAGCUCUCCAUUGUCAUGACAUUCGCAUCACCGCGUCUUAGCCGGCAUGACGUGCUUGUUACCCUACCGAAGAUGAUUGGGAAUGUGCCCAGCCAACAGUAUGGCAAAGACUCGCUCCAGGCUUUCGAUAACAUGGGCAUGCUUGAGCUUGCCGUCUCGGACGCUACUAAUGAGCGCGUGUGGUUCGUCAAGAGAGCGACGUGUGGGGACGUAAGCCUUCAGUUUAAUGCCCUUCCCCGUCCUGUUGAUGCGGAUACGCCCCCCGGCCCCCGGGUCGAUCUUCGAGAGCAGUUUGGCGGUAUUCUAGGCGUUGGUUCAAGCUUUCUGCCUUUGCCGCCAAAUCGAAACUCAGACGCGCAAUACGAGUCCACGAUUGAAUGGGACCUCGGUCAGUCACCAUAUGGGACGCGGACAGUCUGUUCGUUUGGAGAGGGAACUGGUCCUAUCCGUAGAAAGGGCAGUCCCAGUCUUCUUCGGGACCCCGUCUUCGGUGUCGGGCCACUCCGACGCCUUGUGAACAAUGACAAAACCCCUUCGGGUGCCCUUUUCAAUGUCUUCUGCGCCUCUGAGGCGGAUCCCUAUCGUAUUUUCCUGCGAGAAACUCCACGAGGAAAUGGCGGCACGGCCUUCCGACGAAGCUUUAUGUUUGAAUACGACAAGGACAUUCUGCGUCUCGAGCGGUUUGUUUUCCCAGUUCUUGCGCAUGAGAUGGUCCACAACUGGCCUCUCCUUAACAAGGAAUCAGAUGGGUCGAACGAUGACCUGGAUACGGGUGACGAAAACUGGUACUCUGAGGAUGAUGCUGCCGCACGAUUUGGUCUGCGCAACAAGAAGUAUCUUCUCGGAGAGCUGAACUCGUAUUUGAGUGGUUACUACACGAACCCUGUCAUAAAGAUGACCAAUGAAGAGGCUACAAGACGGUCCUGGGAAGAGCCUAACGCUUUGAGGCUACGAUACAGCCGAGGUUUCACGUAUCUCUUGAAGGUAGGCGCGCAGGUGUGGGAAAAGACUGCCGGGAGGACUUCGAUAGACAGCAUCGUGUACGAGCUGUUGGAGAGAAAACGGAGAGGGAAGUCGCACAUGUUGCAGGACUGGCUGAUUAUAAUCGAGCGCGAACUCGGUCACACCGGAGUUGACGAGUACCACGAUAUGGCGAACGGAGUUCUUGUCGUUCCUCCGGCCGAUUUUCCGCCUGCGAAGUACAAAAUGAAGCUGGUUCGACAAGAUCAGGAGGUGCUGGAGUUUGUGUUCAGUCAAGACUCUAUCAACACUCGAAGAAUCCGAGGGCUCAAGCCGGGUAGCAGGGCUGACCAGGCCGGCCUGAAGGAGGGCGACAAGAUCCUGGAGAGCAGUUUUUUUAUUGGGAAGCCGGCGACGACAUUGAGGCGAUGA